UUGUCACAGUUGUCGGAGUUCCCAUGUAAUGUUUUUGACGUGUUUCUUCUUCAGCAUCUUCUAUUGGUCCCUCCUCACUAUCAGCUGUCAGUGAUGUUAACGUGGGGGGUGGGGGCAAACACACUUUAAAUUUGAGGUGCAAAGUGAGAUACCUUCCUGUCUGCAGACGAACCAAACCAUAGCCAUUAUGUUGCUCUUUGCUUUUCUCGUGUUGGUGGGCACCAGUGCUGCCCUGGGCUUUGACGAUAAGAUCGUAGGCGGCUACGAGUGCAGGGACCACUCCGUCCCCUGGCAGGUGUCACUCAACAACGGCUGGCACUACUGCGGAGGAACCCUGAUCAAUGACCGCUGGGUCGUCACUGCUGCACACUGCUAUAAGGGUGAGGAUAUUGAGCUGCGUCUGGGUGAGCACCACAUCGGCUACAAGGAUGGCCCCGAGCAGUUCAUCGCUCCUGCCGUCAUCAUCCCCCACCCAGAGUACGACCGUUACACCAUCAACAAUGACAUCAUGCUGAUCAAACUUGCUGAGCCAGCGGAGAUCAAUCAGUACGUCAAACCCAUCGCUCUGCCCCGCAGCUGUGCCCCCGCAGGCACCCAGUGUCUGGUCUCUGGAUGGGGAGCCACCCAGAGCCCCUUCGGUUGUUUGAAAUGCCUGCACUGUCUGGAUCUGCCCAUCCUGCCUCAGGAGGACUGUGAGCGCUCCUACCCCAACAGGAUCACCUCCUCUAUGUUCUGCGCUGGCUUCCUGGAGGGAGGAAAGGACUCCUGCCAGGGGGAUUCUGGCGGCCCUCUGGUGUGUAAUGGAGAGCUCCAGGGUGUAGUGUCCUGGGGAUGGGGCUGCGCUGAAGAGAAUCGUCCUGGUGUCUAUGCCAAGGUCUGCCAGUUCACUGACUGGAUCCACUCCACUAUGGCCUCUCACUGAAGUCCGUCUGUAGAGGAGAGAUCAAAUCUGUCUGCCGCUGCUGUUCAUUUCAUGUUAACUCACUGACUCUUUAUUACAUGAGGACAAUAUUUAUACAGCUUUAUUAACCAGUUCACGACUUCUUUGACUGUCUGUGGAUUGUGUUUUAACAAUGACAGUAAAA